UUGUUUUUGAUUUCGACGUGCAAUGGACGGAGGGGACUUUGAUCCGUCAACAACGCGCAUAAAGUCGAAGAAGAGAGUUAGAAACGCUUUCUUCUUUUUCAUGCAAGACCUGAAAGCUCAAUGGAUCAGAGACAGAAAAUUGGCGCCGAAUACGACGAUGGCAGAAAUGUCCGGCAUUGCUGGUCCUGUCUGGAAGGAAUUAGAUGCUGAUGACAAGGAAUAUUAUCAAGAUUUGGCAAAGAAUUAUAAAGCACAACAUAAAGGGCUUCCUCCCGAGAAAUAUUACACGACAGUGAAGAAACGUGAUUGUAUGGGCAUACCACUGGAGCAACAUGUAGACACAGAGAAACUGAAGAACGAACGACGAAAACGAGACAGAGCAGCAGACAAAGCAAGAUUUCAAAGUGGCAGAGGAGUCAUAGAACAGACGUUCUGUUUUAUCAGUUUCCAGCUCUUGUUGCAAAAUGAAACGGAAAGUGACGACACAUUUAAAAUCAUUCCAUUAGAAGUGGGAGUGGCACAGUUUUCAAUAUCCAAAGGCGUCAUCAGGACGUAUCACAAGUUUAUUGAUCCGAAAGGAAUUCCUACAGGCUAUCGUUAUGAUGCAAUUAGACAUAGCGAGCAAGUUCAUCGUAUUCCACCCACUGACUUUGAACAUUCAUACGACAAUUAUCCUCAAUUGUGGGAAGAACUCAUGAACAUCAUGAAUCCGGACAAGCUGCCUUUGCCUCCACCGAUUUACACACAGGGAAUUGAAUGUAAUGUAGCAGAGAAAUGUUUGGCAUGGAUUGCUCGAAAAGCGGGGGCUCAAAAUUGUUUUGAGAGAAACCUUCAUGAAGCGGAGGGAUUACUUGUUGAUCUUGUUGCUCAUGGCUUGGAGUUAGAGUCUCGAGAUGAUAAGUCUUCGUUUACAGUUAUGACAAUAGCAAUGGCUGGAGAUUUUGUGACAACAAGCGUUUAUGAUUAUGAAGUUUCUAAGAGGUGUCUCUACCAUCAAGGUCAUUUUGACAAGAAAGAACCUGAUGGACUCGUCCUCCCUGAGAACGACAACGCCACCAAAUUCUGUUCCCUAGCGAUUGCACAGAGAUAUUGUUUUGCCUUUGCUGAGAAACUGUGUGGAUUAUAUGACGUGGAGGUGACUGAAAAUCAUCUGCCUGAGAUGUCGGACACAGUGGGUUAUGUUGCUAAGCCAUUUUCAUCUGUGGACUCGCAUACAAAAAGGUACACCUCGUUUUCCGCCAGUGACUCAACAUCAAAACAUUCGUGGAAUAGAAAAGGACACGGGAGAGGGUCUUUAGCUGCGGCUGACAGUGAAGGUGGGAGACCGGGCAUGCGCAAUAGCGUGCGAGAGACACAACAGAAAUCUGUCUGGUCUAGAGAUAGUAGGUUAUCUGGAAAUGACGUCACAUCCGGAAAAGGUGUUACAUACGGGAACGGUAUUACAUCCGGGAACGUUAAUACAUCCGGGAAUAUUACAAUAUCCGGGAAUGACACAACACCUGGAAAUAUUGGUACAUCCAGGAAUAGUGUUACAUCCGGGAAAGGUAUUACAUCCGGGAACAUUAGUGCAACCGAAAAUGCCUGGAGACACAACAAUCUGAUUGGUGGGAUUGGGCGUGGGCGUGGGCGUGGGCGUGGCUUGAUUGCUGAUCAGAAACAGCCGAGGCAACCGAAAACCGUCUCGAGUGCACCAUUGCAGACGCAGACUGUUACUCAGCCUACGAACUUUACGACAACGGUUGGAGUGAUGCCUGAAGCACGUACGAGAAUGGAAGCGUGGAAUGAUUUGCCGCCUCGUAAUUCGUCGGUCGUUGCAGCAGAACACGUCGAUAUGUUGAAUUCACGGCUGUCUCGGACACAUGUAUCUCCUCCAGGGUUUUACAAUGUUCCUCGUCAGCCGGUGGCAUCGGCUCUGCCUGUCACUCUCGGACGCGGACAGGGUGUGUAUGGUAUCUACCAGGCGGGACAACUGAAUGCAGGAGCAUCGCAGCUGAAUGCAGGCCCAUCAUCGCUGAAUGUAGGGGCAUCACAUAUCAAUAUGGGCGCACCCCUGCUGAUUACAGACGCAUCGGUAUUCAAUACAGGAGCAUGGCAAACGAGUACGGGAUCGUCAAGAAGGAAUGUCGGGAUGUCGGUAGAGAGAUGGCCGUUUAAGUAGUUGCGCAUGCGUGGUAUGUUGUUGCACGGUUUUUCAGUGCAGUGUGUCUCAUUGGUUACAGUUGGACUUUUCUGUUCUUGUCGUUUUGAAUCGUUACAGAUGGCCGUAUAAUUUGAUAUAAGCAGUUUAUCUGAAGGACGGUGCUUUUUUGGUUGACUAGUUAGUUGUUGUCGUUGUUGUGUUGCUGUUGUCUGUUGUAAUAAAUCUGGACAGAACCGGAAGUAUGCGCGCAGGGUCACGGGGUUUCCGAGGACAUUAAGUUUUGUAAAGAAACUUGAUAAUACGCACAAAGUAAGUAAUAUAAAGUAUGACGACAAGUUUUAUGCUUAACAUUUAUAAAAUGUUACAAUUUAAUGCUUAGAAAUGUACGCAU